GGUGUGGCGGCGUCGAGCCUGGCUGGCAGGGGAGGAAGCUGCGGUCGCGACCCUCCUGCCUCGCCAUGAAGACCCGCUUCAGCACGAUCGAUCUCCGCGCGGUACUCGCGGAGCUGAAUGACAGCUUGCUGGGAAUGAGAGUAAAUAAUGUUUAUGAUGUGGAUAACAAGACUUACCUUAUUCGUCUUCAAAAACCAGACUUUAAAGCUACACUUUUACUUGAAUCUGGCAUACGAAUUCACACAACAGAAUUUGAGUGGCCCAAGAAUAUGAUGCCGUCUAGUUUUGCCAUGAAGUGCCGAAAACAUUUGAAGAGUCGGAGGUUAGUCAGCGCAAAGCAGCUUGGUGUGGAUAGAAUAGUAGAUUUUCAGUUUGGGAGUGAUGAAGCUGCUUAUCACUUGAUUAUUGAGCUCUAUGAUAGGGGGAACAUUGUUCUCACAGAUUAUGAGUACCUAAUUUUAAAUAUCUUGAGAUUUCGAACUGAUGAGUCAGAUGAUGUCAAAUUUGCUGUUCGUGAACGCUAUCCAGUUGAUCAUGCUAGAGCUGCUGAACCUUCAUUUACUUUGGAAAGAUUGACUGAAGUAAUAACCAAUGCACCCAAGGGUGAACCACUGAAAAGAGUUCUUAACCCAUUACUUCCCUAUGGAGCAGCUCUCAUUGAACACUGUCUAAUAGAAAAUGGAUUCUCUGGCAACGUCAAAGUGGAUGAAAAAUUUGAAAGCAAAGAUAUUGAGAAAGUACUUGUUUGUCUGCAAAAAGCAGAAGACUAUAUGAAAACAACAUCCAACUUCAGUGGGAAGGGUUAUAUUAUUCAGAAAAGAGAAGUAAAACCAAGCCUGGAAGUAGAUAAACCAACUGAAGACAUACUCACGUAUGAGGAAUUUCAUCCUUUCUUGUUUUCUCAACAUUCACAAUGUCCAUACAUAGAAUUUGAAUCAUUUGACAAGGCCGUGGAUGAAUUUUAUUCCAAAAUAGAAGGUCAGAAAAUAGAUUUAAAAGCUUUACAACAGGAAAAACAAGCACUGAAGAAAUUAGAUAAUGUCCGAAAGGAUCAUGAAAACAGACUAGAAGCUCUUCAGCAGGCACAGGAAAUAGACAAACUUAAAGGUGAGCUCAUAGAAAUGAACCUAGAGAUAGUGGACAGAGCCAUCCAGGUAGUUCGAAGUGCGUUAGCCAACCAGAUUGAUUGGACAGAAAUUGGGAUCAUUGUGAAAGAAGCCCAAGCUCAAGGAGACCCCGUUGCAAAUGCAAUCAAAGAAUUAAAACUGCAAACAAAUCAUGUUACAAUGCUGCUAAGAAAUCCAUACUUAUUAUCAGAGGAGGAAGAUGACGAUGUUGAUGUUGACAUGAGUGAUGAGAAAAAUGAAACUGAGCCACCAAAAGGAAAAAAGAAAAAGCAAAAGAAUAAACAGCUACAGAAGCCUCAGAAAAAUAGGCCAUUACUUAUUGAUGUUGAUCUCAGCUUGUCAGCAUAUGCCAAUGCCAAAAAGUAUUAUGAUCACAAGAGAUAUGCUGCUAAGAAAACACAAAAGACUGUUGAAGCUGCUGAGAAGGCAUUCAAGUCAGCAGAAAAGAAAACAAAGCAAACCUUAAAAGAGGUCCAAACAGUUACUUCUAUUCAGAAAGCAAGAAAAGUGUAUUGGUUUGAGAAAUUUCUGUGGUUCAUUAGCUCAGAGAACUAUCUAAUUAUAGGUGGACGAGAUCAGCAACAGAAUGAAAUGAUUGUGAAAAGAUACUUGACACCAGGGGACAUUUAUGUACAUGCUGAUCUUCAUGGAGCUACUAGCUGUGUAAUUAAGAAUCCAACAGGAGAACCGAUCCCCCCUCGGACCUUAACUGAAGCUGGCACGAUGGCACUUUGCUACAGCGCUGCUUGGGAUGCGCGGGUUAUUACUAGUGCUUGGUGGGUGUACCAUCAUCAGGUAUCUAAAACAGCACCAACUGGAGAAUAUUUGACAACAGGAAGCUUCAUGAUAAGAGGAAAAAAGAAUUUCCUUCCUCCUUCAUAUCUGAUGAUGGGGUUCAGCUUCCUUUUUAAGGUAGAUGAAUCCUGUAUUUGGAGACAUCGGGGUGAACGAAAAGUCAGAGUACAGGAUGAAGACACGGAGACACUAGCAAGUUGCACGAGUGAACUCAUAUCAGAAGAAAUGGAACAACUAGAUGGAGGUGACAGUAGCAGUGAAGACGAUAAAGAGGAAUUGCAUGACACUCCUGUAGAAGUACUUGCAACUCAGGUUGACCAAGAGGACACUACUAUUCAGAGUGGUGGAGAUGAGCUAAAUGAAGAACUAAUUCAGGAAGAAAGCUCUGAAGAUGAAGGAGAAUCUGAUGAGGUGGUGAAAGAUCAGGAAACUAUUGGUGAAACAAAGGAUGAAGGGGAGGAGACAGUAAAUUAUCCCGAUACAACGAUUGAUUUGUCUCACCUUCAGUCCCAAAGGUCCCUCCAGAAAUUUGCUUCAAAAGAAGAAUCUUCUAAUGUGAGUGACAGUAAAUUACAGAGCCGGAGACAUUUGUCAGCCAAGGAAAGAAGGGAAAUGAAGAAGAAAAAGCUUCCAAAUGAUACUGUGGAUUUAGAAGUGAUAGAAGGAAAAGACAAAGAAAAAGAAAACACUCUACAUGUUGAAACUCAGCAGAACAUAAGCAAAAAUAUUCCAGCCUUACAGCCAGUGAAGCGAGGACAAAAGAGUAAAAUGAAAAAAAUGAAGGAAAAAUAUAAGGACCAAGAUGAAGAAGACCGAGAACUUAUCAUGAAAUUGCUUGGGUCUGCGGGCUCCAACAAAGAAGAAAAAGGGAAGAAGGGAAAGAAAGGAAAAACAAAAGAUGAACCUGUGAAGAAGCAACAACAGAAACCUAGAGGUGGAACAAAGGUUUCAGAUUACAUAAAGAGAGAAACUCCAUUCCUUGAGGUUGUGACUCAUGAGGUACAAGACUUAUCUGUGGAUGACCCACAUGAUGAUAAGGAAGAGCAAGAACUGGAUCAACAGGGAAAUGAGGAAAAUCUGUUUGACUCUUUGACUGGGCAGCCUCAUCCUGAAGAUAUACUACUAUUUGCUAUUCCAAUUUGUGCUCCUUAUACCACUAUGACAAACUAUAAAUACAAAGUGAAACUUACUCCUGGUGUUCAGAAAAAGGGGAAAGCUGCAAAAACAGCCUUGAAUAGCUUCAUGCAUUUCAAAGAAGCAACAGCAAGAGAAAAAGAUUUAUUUCGCAGCGUAAAGGACACAGAUUUAUCAAGAAAUAUUCCUGGCAAAGUGAAAGUAUCUGCACCCAAUCUUCUGAAUGUAAAAAGAAAAUAGCUGAAAUGAAAUCCUAAAGUAUUUAAGAAGAGCCAAUUUUAUAGCCUUUUGGAAGUUGAGAUGAAAACUCCCUGUAACAAGACUUCCACACUUGAGAUAAACUAAACAUUGCCUUGCUAUACAUUCACCAAAAGGACUUACUGUUUUUUCCAGUUUUAUACAGAGGAGAAACACUGUCUAUGAUAGUCCUAAGAUACUUGUGGACAGUUAAAUGCUGUAGUUAUUACUACACUCUUUCUUGAAUUUAAGGUUAAUAUUAUGUACUCAUUUCAUGUUGUAAAGAAACUGAAUAGUAAUGUGGCUCAGUUGCUUAGGUAUGAUUUGGUAGUCUGCUGUAUAUAAUGUCUAAUAUCUAUUACAGGCCAGUACCAAGUUUUAAAAUUAUUAUUUUUGGUAUUAUGGAAGCUGGGGUGGUCGAAACGUUUGUGUACUAAGGGCCAGGGAGAGACCGCUUAGGGGUUAUGAAGGACUUGUCUUGUAUGUGGCUGACCCUAGUUCUUUUCCUGCUGUCAGGCAUAACCCCUACCUGAGUACCACCAGGUGUGAGGCCCUGGGUUGUUUCCUGGUAUCCUCACCAAACCAAAAUACAAGUCCUAUGUGUUGAAGUAAUUUUCUUCUGCCUUUACCUAUAAACCUGUUAAAAAAUAAAUGGCACCAUACUUAAAUGAAUUUCCA